AUGGUAUCACGUGUUAUUCACGUGAUACCAUUUGGUGUGAUCCUUGAAUUUUGUUUUCUGCUUACUAAAAGAAAAGCGUUUACUUCAAUGACGGCAAUUAGGAGAGAUGAGCCUCUCUAUCGAAACAGACAUAGAGUCUUUGGUAAGCGUUCGUGGUUCUGUUCUAUUAUAAUUAAAGUUAUGUGUGCCCAUGAAAAGAUAAAAGACGGUCACAAGGCUGCUAGUGGUGGUUAUGGUGGUUCAUCUUCUGGCGAUAGGAGCGGGCCUAUUUCAGAUCUGUGUUUCGACACGUCCCUUCAAGAAGGUGGGGCCAGUGUUUUGGGCUCAGCAGGUUAUGAAGCAUUAGAGGUGCAAUCGGUGAAUACGAACUUUUCUUAUCACGAGGAGAAGAAGCUUUUGGAGCAUGGGUCUAAAAUGACUGCCCUGGAGCGUGGAAUAACGGUGCAUGAUUUAGAGUCGUCGCACAUGCCGCAAAUUUUGCAUUCGGUGGUCACUGGAUCGAACCCGUCGAUUAAAGAUAGCGGGCUUUCUGUUUCUGCGCAGGAAUCUUUGCCGGAGCAUCCGUCGUUGAAGUUUGCGGGUUCUACCAAUAAUAACUUGACCAGUGAUCGGUUGUAUUCUACGAGCUACAAGAUGGGACUGGUUCCUGAUGGUAAGGUACCUGAUGGCCAGAUGCGGUUUCUUGACAUUCCUGACAAGGAGUUGGUCAGUUUGUAUACAAACGUUAGGGAUUGCAGGGAUUUGCGUGAGAAGUAUCAGAAGGUGUCGUUGCAGCAACAACACCAAAACCCCAAAAACAAACCAGAAUGGGAAAUUUAUCCUCCACCUCCCAAACCGUCCUACAAGUCAGAGACGAAGACUAUUCUAGCGGUGCUUAACAAGCCCGAUGCCGAGGUGUUUGAUUUUAAUGCUUGUGAGAUACCUGGUGAGGAUCCUAACUGGGACUUCUCAACCAAUGAUGACGAUGCUUAUGUAGUUUAUAAGGCUGGUCAGGAUCCAAAGGAAUCUGUCAUAGCUGAUAUUCCCAGCCUGAGAGACUAUUAUGUUGAUGUGGAAAAACUGACAAUGAUCUCAUCUGAUGGGCCUGCGAAAUCUUUUGCCUUCAGGAGACUCCAAUACUUGGAGGCGCGCUGGAACAUGUACAGUUUAUUGAAUGAGUACAAGGAGACCGCAGUUUCUAAAAAGAAUCCUCAUAGGGACUUCUACAAUGUGAGAAAGGUUGAUACUCACGUCCACCAUUCUGCAUGUAUGAACCAGAAGCACUUACUACGUUUCAUCAAGCAUAAAUUGAGAACUUCUGCCGAUCAAGAGGUCAUAUUCAGAGAUGGUAAGGUGUUGACUUUGGCUGAGGUGUUUCAGUCGUUAAAUCUUACCGGCUAUGACUUGUCUAUUGAUACUUUGGACAUGCAUGCCCACAAAGAUACUUUCCAUAGGUUUGACAAGUUCAAUUUGAAGUAUAACCCAAUAGGUGAAUCUCGUCUAAGAGAAAUAUUUUUGAAAACAGAUAAUUACAUCCACGGUUCAUAUUUAGCCGAAAUUACUAAAGAAGUUAUUUCUGAUUUAGAGAAUUCUAAAUAUCAGAACUGUGAGUACAGAAUCUCUGUCUAUGGCCGGUCAAUUAAUGAAUGGGAUAAGCUUGCGGAUUGGGUCAUAGACAACAAGCUUAUAUCCCAUAAUGUUAGGUGGCUAAUUCAAAUUCCUCGUUUGUACGACAUCUACAAGAGAACUGGUGCUGUAGCCACAUUUAAUGACACAUCAAGAAACUUAUUUCAACCAUUAUUUGAGGUGACUAAGAAUCCACAGUCGCAUCCAAAAUUACAUCUCUUCUUGCAACGUGUUAUUGGAUUUGACUCUGUCGACGAUGAAUCUAAGGUGGACAGGCGUUUCUAUAAGAAGUUCCCAAAACCUUCCUUGUGGGAUUCGGCAGAAAAUCCACCGUAUUCCUAUUACUUGUACUACUUGUACGCAAGUAUGGCUUCUUUGAAUCAAUGGCGAGCCACCCGUGGGUUUAAUACUUUGGUAUUAAGACCCCAUUGUGGUGAAGCAGGAGAUCCUGAGCAUCUAAUAUCUGCAUACUUGUUGGCUCAGGGCAUCUCGCAUGGCAUAUUAUUAAGAAAGGUACCAUUUGUGCAAUAUCUGUAUUAUUUAGAUCAGAUCGGAAUUGCAAUGUCCCCAUUGUCCAAUAAUGCGUUGUUCUUAACCUACGAUAAGAAUCCUUUCCCUAACUACUUCAAGAGAGGUUUAAAUGUUUCUCUUUCUACGGAUGAUCCAUUGCAAUUUUCAUACACUAGAGAACCAUUAAUUGAAGAAUAUUCAGUCGCUGCUCAAAUUUAUAAGUUGUCUAACGUUGACAUGUGUGAGCUUGCUAGAAAUUCUGUGUUGCAGAGUGGGUGGGAAGUCCGGAUUAAGAAACAUUGGAUAGGUAAGCAUUUUGAUGAAGAAGGUACGCAAGGGAACGAUGUGGAGAAGACUAACGUUCCCAAUAUCCGUAUAAACUACAGGCACGAAACUUUGUCCACAGAAUUGGAGCUAAUCGACUAUUACUCAAGUUUCUACAAACAAGAUAUGUAG